AUGAUUACGAUGUGUUUUUUUACCUUAUCAUUUGGGACUGUUGCUUCUGGAAUAAUGGUUAUAUCUGCGCUUAAUCCUGUCCACUCAGUCUUUUGGCUAGUAGUUGCCUUUACAAGCUCUGCGGCCCUCUUCAUCUUAUUGGGGGUAGAUUUUAUUGCUUUGAUAUUUAUAAUAAUAUAUGUGGGAGCAAUAGCCAUCCUAUUUUUGUUUGUGAUAAUGAUGUUAAAUUUAACAGACUUUUCUCCAGCCUUUCGACGGGGGGGAGAGGCAGAUAUGACAAACUAUGUUCCAAUAGGACUGGCCGUUGGAACCCUUUUUUUUGAGGCUAUCGCUUCAAGUUGGCUCAUCAUGGGCGGCCCUUAUGUUUAUAGAGGCCUAUUGGGCGCGUGGGACCUAGCUAAUCCUUGGUUUCUAAAAAAAUAUCAUAAUAUUGAGGCAAUUGGGCGAAUAUUGUACACCGAUUGUUAUUACCUCUUUAUUUUAGCCAGUUUUAUACUAUUAGUGGCCAUGGUUGGGGCAAUAGUGCUUACCCAGGAGAUUGGGGUAGAAGUAGGCCCCACUGCUAAAAAACAAGACAUCUUCUCUCAAACUAGUCGUGCUCAGGUCUAA